CGGACGAGGCGAUGAAGAUGAGGGGAAGUGUGAUGGCCUUUUCCGUCCGCAACGUCCUGAUGGCUCCCUAAGCUGUGGAUCUCCCCUGACAAUUAGAACCUUCCAUAUAGCUUGCCUGAUGGAGCUGUCGUCAUGCGAUGGUAAACCGUCGGAUUUGUCUGGCAAUGAUAACACAGAAAACUGUGAUGUCCACCAGGGAAUAGUCCUCCUUAUCGAGCCGUUCUAUGGUGGAUCACACAAACAAUUAGUUGAUUUGCUCAUUAAAGAAGUACCAGGCUGCAAGUUGUACUCUUUACCUGCGAAGAAAUGGCAUUGGAGAAUGAGAACUAGUGCACUUUAUUUUUACCAGAAUAUACCGGCUGCUUGCAACAGCACGUACAAGGUGUUGUUUGCCAGCUCUGUCUUGAAUUUAGCAGAACUAAUGGCACUGAGACCAGAUCUUACUCAGUUAAAGAAAGUUCUUUACUUCCAUGAGAAUCAGCUGAUUUACCCAGUCAGGAAGCAACAGGAAAGAGACUUUCAGUAUGGAUAUAAUCAGAUUUUGUCAUGUCUUGUUGCUGAUGUAGUGGUAUUUAACUCACAGUUCAACAUGGAAUCAUUUUUAUCAUCUAUCAAAAGCUUUCUGAAACUAAUGCCAGAUAAUCGACCCAAGGAAUUAGACCAAAUAAUCAGACCAAAAUGCAGGGUUGUGCACUUUCCUUUGAUGGAACCUGAAAUGGGUACAGCAGAAUACAAAGAUGCUAAAGAUGAAGAACUUGAUCAGCCAGUGGACUCAACAGUGUCAAGACCUUUGCAUGUUGUUUGGGCUCACAGAUGGGAACAUGACAAAGGUCCUGAGCUGUUCUUUCGCACCCUGUAUCAGUUGGCUGAGCAAGGAUUGGAUUUCAAGGUUUCUGUAUUGGGAGAAACAUUCUCUGAAGCUCCAGGUAUUUUUGAGGAAGCUUGUAGACGAAUCCAUGAUCAUAUCCUUCACUGGGGUUAUCAGGAAUCUCGCAAGGUAUAUAUCUCCAUACUGAAGGCUGCUGAUGUAGCAGUGUCCACUGCAGAGCAUGAAUUUUUCGGUGUAUCGAUGUUAGAGGCUGUGCAAUAUGGUUGUUAUCCACUUUGUCCAAACAAGUUGGUUUAUCCUGAAAUAUUUCCAUCAGAGUAUUUGUACUCAACACCUCAACAGUUAUCCAAGAAGCUACGAUACUUCUGUAGAAAUCCAAGACACGUGAGAUCUCACAAAGUCGCAGUUGAUUGUGAACGAUUUACGUGGGGAAAAUUAAAGGAUUCUUUUUGCGAUCUCUUGUCACCAGUGGAUCAACAUGUAAAUGAAAACUGAUGCUAAUCUUGGGAUACAGUCUUAAAUCGUUCAGCCCAAACAUUUGGCGAUCCUUCUUGUCCAAUGAGAUGGUGGCAUGUCAAUAUACUUAUAUUGUGUCGUCAUAGCGACCGGUGGCUGAAGUCUUGUUGAAGGCAAUAGCUUUACCGAAUGAAUGCUCUCAUAAACGCAAACUGAUUUCUGGGAACCGAAUUAGAUUUUGAAGCACAAUCGAACCAGGACAGAUCUAAUACAACUCUGAAGCAAGCAUACUUUAUUUUGUCUUAGCUUCUACUUUCUAUGAUGAAAUAAAUGAAUAAAAUAAAUAGCAAGGAUCGAUUUAUUACAGUGCAUCUAUGAGUUUUAAAUACGAUCUAACGGCGAGAAAAACAAGAAUGACAGUUCAUGCUUGAUCUUAAGCGCUUUUCGAUCGAUUAUCCUAAACCAAAAGUACGUCCUAUCAGAAGAAAGGAAAACACCUUAAAGAGCCAAUUAAAUCUCACAAACUUAGUAAAGCAAAACCAAAGCAAUGUUUCGACAGUGAAUUGAGAAUUUCUCUGUAUACUCACUGACAGACUUUAAACCGAUGACCUUAAAUCCCUUACAUUUACGUUUUCAUUAUUCGAUACAGUCUUAUUGUACCUCCUACUACCUCCUUGCGAAAAAUCUAGUAUCUAAUUGCAACAACAUUAAAUAGCGUGGCGCUCUUUGUGGUGAACUUGAAACGCAAAUACAGUGGUACUUUUUGGUAGAGCAGGAUCUUCAAUAUUAUAAUGUGGUACUUGUUCUUCCUUGAUAAGCGUCCACAGGCCCUUAUCUUCUAGCCCUUUCAUGCUCGGUCGGAAGUCAGGAAUUUCCUUGGUGCGAACGUUGAAAUAGAUAACGCCUCCUUUAUAAAACAAAUAAAAUUUAAUUGGAAAAAUAAA